AUGGAAAAAGAAAUUGAUGAUCUCUUUUUAAAUGACAAUGACACAGGCUACACGGACAAAACAAUACAAAACCUUGAAAACUCUGUUCAUAAAUUCGAGUCUUUAUCGUCUUACUUUAAUUUAAUAAAAGAUAAAAUAUCUAACAUAGAUAUAAAUGCUGAAUUAUACAAUGUAAAAUUAGAAAGACUUGCAAAUGAAAUGAAAGAUAUUGAAGAUAAAAAUACAAAACUUGAAAAUGAAAUAUUAUACCAGACAUCCAUUUAUGAAACCUUAAAAGAUUUACUUAUUAAAUUAGAAAUAAAAGAAGAACAUUUUAUAAAUCUUGAAACCGAGUCUUUUACAGGUGAAGGACUAAUAAAAAUUGAAGAAGCAGUAGAGGCCUUAGAAAACUUUUUUGUAACAGAUUUUACCAUACGUGUUGUAACAGAAAAACAACAACGUGUUAAUGCAACACUUAUUAUGUUUUAUAAUAGAUUUAUUAAUUUUAUAAGUAAUUUGUUAAAAAAUGAUAAAAGCACUGAAGAUUUUAAAGUUCAUAGCGAAUUAUAUCAAAAAUUAGAAAGAUAUAAAUAUUUGUAUAAAAUGUCUGAAAGAUACGAUAAAAUAUAUGCGAAAUUAUGCAAUUUAUACGUAGAUCAUGCGAGAAUUAAAUAUGAGAGAGAGUUGGUUUUAUACCUUAAAAAAUUGUACGGUUUAAAUAUUGAAUCUACAACAAAAAGUAAUCUUGAACAGUCUGUACAGACAGUCCUAGAAACUUAUCAAUACAUUUUAAAAGUAGAAAAUAAUUUUUUGUGUUCUAUGAACAUAAAGACAGAUCUUGAAAAUAUUUUUACAAAGGAAAAUCAGAUGAUUUAUAAUUUUUUUAAAGAUUUAUACAAUAAAUAUAAUAUUGAAAUAAUUUGUUAUCUUAAUAACAAUAUAAAAGACACAUCAAAAGAUAUCGAAUUGUAUAAAAAGUUCCAAGAUGAGUUGAUAAUUUUGGUGGGUAAAUUAAAAAAGAACUUUUUACAAAAUGAAGCAGAGCUAAAAGAUGCAGAAAAAGGAGUUGAAAGAUUUGAAAAAUAUGUUAAAUUAAGCGACAUGGAAGAUUUCAAUAAUACUUUGCUUAGAAUUAAUACUUCUAGAAUAAAAAGAAAUCUUGAUAAGGCAGAUAUUUUUAAUGUUAUAGCGAUAAAAAGACUUUUUGAUAAAUUACAAGAUAUUUACGAAUGUAAUUGUGAAGAAUAUCACGACGCUAUAAAAGAAUCUGAUAAAAAAUUGGAAAAAACAGUGAUAGAUUAUGUUUUUGAAGAUGGAGAUGAAAUAGAACAGAUUAAAAAAAUUCAAACAAACAUUAAAGGCACAAAAAUUUUUGUGAAAAAAAUCAAAUCUCAGAUUUUUGAUAUCAUUAAAAGUAACUUAAAAGACGACAAGAAAAAGCUUGCAAAAGAUAUUUUAUUAGAGUGA